AUGUCAGAUGGAGAGGAGACGCAUCCCAUGGGCUCAGAGGGCUUGAGCAGAGGCGCAGUGCGGGAGAUAGUUUUGAAUGUGAAGGGUGAAGAUACCGGCUCCUUCUUCCACCCGAGCCCUCUCGCUUUCCGUGCUGUGUGCGUUUGGGGGACGGCCCUUAGGGAAGGGGAGCUGCCGUGGCCCCAGGAGACCACCGUGGAGCUGAGCUGUGGUGCGGGGCCACUGGAAGUGAUCCUGGGCCCAGGGCAAGCUGCAGUGCUGGAUUGUAGUCUGGGGGCUGCCGGACCCCCCACCAGCACCACAUGGAGCAAGGAUGGAGGCGCCCUGCCCGAGCACGACCACCUGCGCCUGCUACCCAAUGGCUCCCUGUGGCUGUUCCAGCCGCCAGCACCUGAUGGCAGUGACAAGGCAGCCCCCGGGGUCUCAGAGGUCAUUGAAGGCAGCUACUCCUGCCUGGCCCACGGUCCCCUUGGAGUGGUGGCCAGCCAGGCUGCAGUGAUCAAGCUCGCCACACUCGCAGGCUUCUCUCUGCACCCGGAGUCUCAGGUGGUGGAGGAGAAUGGGACCGCUCGGUUUGAGUGCCACAUUGAAGGGCUGCCGGCACCCCUCAUUACCUGGGAGAAGGACCAGGUGCCAGUGCCUGAGGAGCCUCGGCUCAUCACUCUCCCCAACGGGGUCCUCCAGAUCCUGGACAUUCAGGAGAGUGACGCAGGCUCCUACCGCUGUGUGGCCACCAGCUCCGUCAGCCAGCGCUUCAGCCAGGAGGCCCUACUCAGCGUGGCCCGCAGAGGGUCCCUGGCAUCCACGAGUGGGCAAGACGUGGUCAUUGUGGCAGCCCCGGAGAACACCACCGUGGUUUCUGGCCAGAGUGUGGUGAUGGAAUGCGUGGCCUCCGCUGACCCCACCCCUUUCGUGUCCUGGGUCCGACAGGAUGGGAAACCCAUCUCCACCGACGUCAUUGUCCUGGGCCGCACCAACCUACUCAUCAGCAGCGCGCAGCCCCGGCACUCGGGCGUCUACGUGUGCCGCGCUAACAAGCCCCGCACGCGCGACUUCGCCACGGCCGCCGCUGAGCUCCGCGUGCUGGGCAUGGACAAUGUGGAAUACCAGUUUGCAGUGAACAAUGACACCACAGAGCUGCAGGUUCGGGACCUGGAACCCAACACCGAUUAUGAGUUCUACGUGGUGGCCUACUCCCAGCUGGGGGCCAGCCGCACCUCUACCCCAGCGCUGGUCCACACACUGGAUGAUGUCCCCAGUGCAGCGCCCCAGCUCUCCCUGUCCAGCCCCAACCCCUUGGACAUCAGGGUGGCGUGGCUGCCCCUGCCUCCCAGCAUGAGCAAUGGGCAGGUGGUGAAGUACAAGAUAGAGUACGGUUUGGGAAAGGAAGAUCAGGUUUUCUCCACCGAGGUGCCUGGAAAUGAGACACAGUUUACGCUGAGUGCGCUUCAGCCCAACAAGGUGUAUAGAGUACGGAUUUCGGCCGGCACCGGGGCGGGCUACGGGACCCCCUCCCAGUGGAUGCAGCACCGGACGCCCAGUAUGCACAACCAGAGCCACGUCCCUUUUGCCCCUGCAGAGUUGAAGGUCCGGGCAAGGAUGGAGUCCCUGGUGGUGUCAUGGCAGCCGCCCCCUCACCCCGCCCAGAUCUCUGGCUACAAACUGUACUGGCGGGAGGUGGGGGCCGAGGAGGAGGCCGAUGGCAAGAGUCCCCCAGGGGGCCACAGAGACCAGGCUUGGGACGUGGGGCCUGUCCGGCUCAAGAAGAAAGUGAAGCAGUAUGAGCUGACCCAGCUAGCCCCUGGCCGGCUGUACGAGGUGAAGCUCGUGGCAUUCAACAAACAUGAGGACGGCUACGCAGCAGUGUGGAAGGGCAAGACAGAAAAGGCUCCCACACCAGACUUGCCCAUCCAGAGGGGACCACCCUUGCCCCCUGCCCACGUCCAUGCGGAAUCAAACAGCUCCACUUCCAUUUGGCUUCGGUGGAAAAAGCCAGACUUCACCACAGUCAAGAUUGUCAACUACACUGUGCGCUUCAGCCCCUGGGGGCUCAGGAACGCCUCCCUGGUCACCUAUUACACCAGCUCUGGAGAAGACAUCCUCAUUGGUGGGCUGAAGCCAUUCACCAAAUACGAGUUUGCGGUACAGUCCCACGGCGUGGACAUGGACGGGCCUUUCGGUUCCGUGGUGGAACGCUCCACCCUGCCUGACCGGCCCUCAACGCCCCCAUCUGACCUGCGUCUGAGCCCCCUGACGCCGUCCACCGUUCGGCUGCACUGGUGCCCCCCCACCGAGCCCAAUGGAGAGAUCGUGGAGUAUCUCAUCCUAUAUAGCAGCAACCACACCCAGCCUGAACACCAGUGGACCCUGCUCACCACGGAGGGAAACAUCUUCAGUGCUGAGGUACAUGGCCUCGAGAGCGACACUAGGUACUUCUUCAAGAUGGGGGCGCGCACAGAGGUGGGGCCUGGGCCCUUCUCUGGCCUGCAGGAUGUGAUCACUCUCCAGGAGAAGCUCUCAGACUCCUUGGACGUGCACUCAGUCACAGGCAUCAUUGUGGGUGUCUGCCUGGGCCUCCUCUGCCUCCUGGCCUGCAUGUGUGCCGGCCUGCGCCGCAGCCCCCACAGGGACGCCCUCCCAGGCCUGUCCUCCACGGCCAAUGCUGGGAACCCCGCACUGUACUCUCGAGCCCGCCUUGGCCCCCCUGGUCCCCCAGCUGCCCAUGAACUGGAGUCCCUUGUGCACCCCCGUCCCGAGGACUGGUCUCCACCGCCCUCAGACAUCGAGGACAGGGCUGAAGUGCACAGCCUGAUGGGGGGCGGUGCUUCCGACUGCCGGGGUCACUCCAAGAGAAAGAUCUCUUGGGCUCAGCCAGGGGGGCCAAGCUGGGCAGGUUCCUGGGCAGGCUGUGAGCUGCCCCAAGCAGGUGCCAUGCCUUCUCUGACCCGGGCUCUGCUGCCCCCUGCUGGAACGGGGCAGACACUGUUGCUGCAGGCUCUGGUGUAUGAGGCCAUAAAGGGCAAUGGCAGGAAGAAGCCGCCCCCAGCCUGCAGGAAUCAGGUGGAGGCUGAAGUCAUUGUCCACUCUGACUUUAGCGCAUCCAAAGGGAACCCUGACCUCCACCUCCAAGACCUGGAACCUGAGGAUCCCCUGCCUCCGGAGGCUCCUGACCUCACUUCAGGAGUCGUGGAUCUAGGGCAAGGGGUAGACUGGCUGGACAGGGAGCUGGGGGGGUGUGAGCAGGCAACCCCUGGGCCAGACAGACUCACCUGCCUGCCAGAGGCAGCCAGCGCUUCUUACCCGUACCCAGACCUCCAGCCCAGUGAGGCUCUGGAGGAGGCCCCCGGGAAUAGCUGCCAGCCAAAGGCCCCCUGCCCUCUAGGAACCAGCCCAGGCCUGCCCAGGGCCCCAGUCCCCUCCUCUGCCUAGCUCCCCUAGAGGGUGCAGUUUGGGGCAGGCUAGUAUGGAUCAUGGGACAUGGCACCCGUGCACCUGCAGUUCCUGAACAUCGUCACGCCGUCUGGAGCCUCCCAGGGUGCUGUGGCUGAGGGGCAAAGAAGAAAUGGAGUAUCCACUUGCCCCCCCCCCCACCCUGUGGCACAUGUCCUGUGGGAGGGACCUGGGAGGCACGGCUAUAUGGGAUGUGCACAUGUGCGUGUGCUAGCUGCUGAGCUGGGAGAUUCUGGCCUGGUGGUAGUCCCUGUGGCCUAAUUGAUCCUCCAGGUCAGGACAGUGCCUCAGAGUGGUCAGUCCCCAGCCCUGUGGGUGCCCCCCCAUCACCCAGCCAUUUAUUACACACUCUGAGAGUGUUUGCAAUGCCCUGUCUGACAAAGACAGCCCCGGCCCAUUUUCCCUUCUGGCUGGGCUGAGUGCAGGAGGCUCUGAACGCCUAGGGUCUUCGUUGCGUCACUACCCAUGACCCGCAUCCCUGUUGCCCAAACUGAGAGGGUGACUCUGGCCCUCCUCAGAGCAGCUCUGCAUUUCAUUUGUCAUUUGGGAAGUGCCUGGUUUUGGAAAUCUGCUUGCCCUGGCUCUCCUGUCCUCUCUUCCCCUUCACUACUCUUGGGCUGUGUCUCCGGUCAGCGCCCGGGCCCCCAGUUCUCCCCAGUUCUCCUGCCCCGUGCUUCCUCCCAGAUACGCUUUCCUUUCCUCUGUCUCCUGUCUGUCCCUGCUGUCUCCCACACCUCUCCCGGACCACCUGCCUGGGCUCAAUCUCUGCAUCCUUCCCUAACAACAUGACUACCUCAUGUCUGCUUUGAGGCCAUAGCGUGACUUCUGUGUCCGCCAUUCACUUCCCCGGCCAUCGUCCUGCCUCUCUUCUCCCUGUGCCGCCAUGUGCCCCCUCCCCAGGCAGACACCCCCAGUGCCCCCAGUGUGAGUUUGGAGACGAUCUUCCAGUUUCCCUUGCAUCUUUCUCCCUGGAUUGAGGUAGGAGGACUCUCCUUGGAGUUGGAGGAUCCAGGUCACACAGGGGGACUUCUGAGACAGGGAAAGGGGCAGGGAGGCAGGGUUGCUGGAUGGAGGGGGUUUGGGACCUUCCUUCCCAGCUGAAGCCAAAUGGGGAGAAGGAGAGUGGGGAUUAAGGGCACCCCAGCCGAGCAGCUUCCCUCCCACUCUGCACCCCUGGAACGGGAGCUGAUGGAUGGGGGUGAGAGGAGUUUCACCCUCUGGGGGCUGACACUGAGGCCUUUGCACAGGACAAGGGUGAUUGGCUCAUUUCAUUUUGUUGGUUUGUUGUUGUUGUUGUUGUUUUCUUUAAAUUCAAUCCUAAAGUCAUUUUCUGUUGACCUGUCACACAGGGACAAGCUGGGCUUCUAUUUCCCGUGUAGACAAGACAAGGCCAUUCAUUUGAUUUUGCACCCCAGCCUCUCCUCGGAGCGUAGGAUGUGGGGGCUUUUCUCCCUAAAUGCAUCUUUUUAACGAUCGGCACAUCAAGGGUUAACUCCGGCUUCUGGGCCAAAUUAGAAAUAACCAGUCUAUCUUUCCCUUUUCUUUCUUUCUUUUUUUUUUUUUUUAAAUGGUGACACGUCUCUCAAGCAGAGUUGCAGCUCCCUCAGACCCUUUCAGCAUCUGUGUUUAUUACACUCGGGUGUCACUCCCGACUGACAUCCGCACCUACAUUUCCUUCCCUCCCCUGCUUCAGCCAGCCUGUGAUAGAGCUGCAGAUUAUUCAUGCUGGUUUGUAGCUCGAAGACGGAAUUGUCACUUGUACCCUUUCUGUGACAUCCAGCGUCACCGUGGCCGCCACCACCGUGUGUUUCGCCACUGCUCUGAAGGUCAAAAGCCUCGUUUUAUUUUGCUGGUUUGAUUCCCCCACCACCCCCCAAAAGGAAAAAAAAAAACUGCCCUGAAUCAAAUGGCUGUUUUAACAGUAGGCUCUUAGCAUUACACCACAUAGUCAUUUUUCAUGUUCUUGUUUAACAGGCACCGAGGUUCUGGUUUAAAUUAAAUAGCUGCAAAUGAGACAAUUUAUAACCCAUUAGGUUGGGUGGAAAAUUGUUUCUCAAAAGCAAAUAAGUAAUAAAUCUGGUAUCUGCCUAUAACUCACAGUUGAUAAGAAAGUGGCCAUUACUCACUAGCAUUAUGUAUGAUUUGGGCUCUGGGUAAUUUGGAAGUGUUAGGUUUGUGUCUUUGUAGCAGUAUUUUUAUUAGAAAAGAGUCUAUUGGCCUUUUACAGGGUAUUAAUCCCUUUGUCACCUACCAUCGAUGCCUUACGUUUUUUGAGUCUCAUUUAGAAACCUUCCUUUUCUUGAUGCAUGACAAGUGUAAUCGGUACCUGCUCAUUUAUUUGUCUGUAUUUAGUUUAUGCUAUAUUAUUUAAUUCUUUUCCCAGCAUUUUUUUCCUCCUCACCAAUAUAUUCUUUAGUGUUAAGCCAAGGCAUUGAUCAUGUAUCUGUCCCUAUAAUGAAUUAAUAAACUAUUUUCCAAAAACGUGGAA